AUAAUCUCAAGAUUGUUCAUCACUUUACACUUCCACGUCCAAAUCGAAGACACCUAUACAUCUAUCCCAACACACGCACAUUUCAGUCCUCACAACGUGCGUGUAUGUAGCAAAAGCCUCACUGCAAACAUGUCUACAUACCUUGAAAUAGCAAGACUGCUCGUCCGGGCCAUCUACGAAGAUCAGUGGCCUCGACUUCCAACUCAACUUCAGCAAUACCGGCCGUUGGUAGAGCAACUCUUUCGCGGUGCGGGGAUUGCAGGCGCUGGCGCAACCAUCUAUCACUAUAUCAACCGCAACAGGAACAACAGAGCUCGCAUCGAGCUUGCCGUCUUUCACGUACUCCGCCCUCUGGAUACCAGGCAUGGUCUUCGACACCAGAGCAUCGAAAAUGCCCGUGCUAUCCUUAGGGCGAUAGAUGCCGAGGUGAUGGAGAUGGUCCGCAGACAGCAUUUGACCGUCCGAGAAGGCGAGCAAGUUACAAAUGCUGCACAGAAACGCAAAUUUGAAGACGACUCUCCGGAGUCGUCCGCAAAGAAAUCAAAGACGUGGUCACCACUAUCAAGGAGUCUCUUACGCAGUUUUCAGUCAUCUUCCAGCCUGAGCCCAGAGGAUCAACAGAAAGCCACCUCGACACCCAGCGACAUCCCAUCUGGAGAUUCUUCUGUGGUUUCUGUAUCAUCGUCGCCAUUAGAUAACAAGAAGGGGAAACAACCUGUAGCUGCUUCCGUGAGCUCGGGCUCGCCGCCAGAGGCCAGUACCAGCUCGGCGCAACAGACCGGACAGAUUCAGGGGAGUCCAGCUACUAGGAUCAACAAGCCAGCUACUAGGACCAUCAAUCCAGCUACUAGGACCAUCAAUCCAGCUACUAGGACCAUCAAUCCAGCUACUAGGACCAUCAAUCCAGCUACUAGGACCGUCAAGCCAGAAACUAGGAUCAACAAGCCAGAUACAAGGACCAAGAAGCCAGAUACCAAGACCAACAGUCCGGAUUCGAAACCCAGUUCUGGAGAGAGCCCAUCUUCUACCAAAGAUCAGAGCUCUUCUUCUAAUAACAGCAGCCCUGACAGCCCGCGGGGUAGAGUGCGUUACCCCGCCUUGCCACCCUACCGCAGUUCGUGGAUCCGUCGCCAGAUACUGUCUGCUUUCGGUUACAGACACGCACGAGAACCGACGCCAGAGGACCCAUCUGGUGAAGCCGCCGAGGUUUUGGCGCAGGUUGUUAGGGAGUUUACCAAGAGUGAUGAGGAAAGAGAAGCCAGGAAGUUUGCCAAAAGGGCACAAGAUAAGGCGAAGAGAGAUGCAGAAGAUGCGGCUCAGAAAGCAGAGGAGCUCACACAGCCCGUAGACACCAUAGAAAACGAUGGCAGCGCUUCGUCAUCAUCGUCAUCAAGGACUAAUUCUGAAGCCUCUCCUGCGGAGGAGCAGACUCAAGAUGUCGACAUGGUCGAUGCAGAGGAUACAAACGCCGUGAUAGACAACUCUUUUCCUAGUAUCAGAUCUAGCAAUGUUUCAUACAUUUCCCCACGACGGGUCUGGCUAGAGGAACACGAGAUUUUGGAACUUACUCACGCAGCAAAUGAAGGAGAAGCAAGCGAUGAAGAAGAGGAGGAUGAAGAGGUGCCGGAGAUGCCAAAUGUGCCCUCCACGGUAUUGCCACACUCGUCGCUUGUUUCAGCAGCCGCAGCAACUUUUGAGUUAGACGGGGACGAGAGCGAAACAGUCAUACUCGUGGGGGAACAAACGGAAGAAGAGAAGAAGAGGAUUGCUGAGGAGGAGGCUGAGCAGCUGAGGAUACUGAAUGAAGAGAUCGCUAAGGAGGAAAGGAUUGCUGAGGAGGAGAAAGCUGCAAGAGAGAAGAGAAUUGCUGCGGAGGAAGCUGCAAGAGUGAAGAGGAUUGCGGAGGAGAAAGCUGCAGAAGAGAAGCGGAUUGCUGAGCAGCAGCAACAGCAGCUGCAGCAGCAGCAGCAACAGCAACAGCAGGAGCAGGAGCAAGAAGAUGCUGGUGUUCCGAUCAAGCAAGAAGAGGAUCAGGAAGAACCUCAAGGCCCACGCAGACCUGGACCUCGACCAGGCUCGGUCACACUCGGAAACUCUCAAGCGACGACAUCCAGACCAGUAAGAGGAGCAACGGGGGGACGCAACACUGCCACUCCCGCACCACGAGCUCCUGUGGUCACAACUCUAGCGACGACGAGGGCCAGAAGACAGGGAACGCAGGGAAAGAAAUAUGGACCAGCUAAGCGAUGAAACAGCAUAUAUACUUCAUCCCAGGUCAUCUUUUCUCAUGAUUGUUUCCUGUGGACACUCUUCUGUGGACGGAAUGGUAUAUGGACUUCUAGACGGUUGCUUUCGUUUCAUUGAUACACACCUUGCUAUAAUACAAAGACAGCUAUGUAAUUUCAAGUUAUUUGUUUAAUCGUAGGACCAGCAAUAGAUGAUCAC